AUGAUGAAUCUUUGCUUGACACUCGCUGUACUAUUGACAAAUAUAGUCACUUUCUCGCAAGGAAUACAACUUGAUACAAACAAUGUCACUUCGAUACGAGAGGAUUGCAAUUUGAUUGCCCAGGGUUUACUUGAUUACUAUGAUGGAACGAAAUACGGAGGAACUAUUGGUGAGUUUUCAUGGCCUUACUACUGGUGGGAAGCCGGUGGUGCAUGGGGUGGAUUGAUUGACUACACCUUCUACUUCAAUAAUGAUACUUUAGUACCCUUGAUCAAACAAGCGUUGGAGUACCAGGUUGGUGACGAUUACAACUACAUUCCAUUGAACCAAAGUACUACUGAAGGUAACGAUGACCAGGGAUUCUGGGGCAUUGCGGUUAUGGGUGCCGCUGAGAGAAACUUUAGCAAUCCCAGCAACAGCAAAUUAAGUUGGUUGGGAUUGGCGCAAGCUGUGUUCAACACAAUGACUGCAAGGUGGGAUUAUGCUGACUGUAAUGGUGGGUUGAGAUGGCAAAUUUUCCAGUGGAACUCGGGCUAUGAUUAUAAAAACUCUGUUUCGAAUGGGUGUUUGUUCCACUUGGCUGCAAGGUUGGCAAGGUAUACCCAAAACGAUUCGUAUGUGGAGUGGGCACAACGGGUUUGGGACUGGAUGUAUGGUGUUGGAUUGUUGACUGAAGGUGAUCAUUGGUUUGUGUAUGAUGGUGUCAAGAUUGCCAACAAUUGUUCAAACAUAACCAAGUAUCAAUGGACAUAUAACCAAGGUCUUAUGCUCGCUGGAUGCGCAUAUCUUUACAACUACACUGAAGAUGAAAAGUGGCACAACUACACCAAGCAGUUGUUGAAUAGUGCACAGGUGUUUUUCAAAAACAUGAGUGGAAGUAGUGUCAUGUACGAGGCUGCUUGUCAACCAUCAAACACGUGUAACAAUGAUCAAAGGUCGUUCAAGGCGUACUUUUCCCGAUUUUUAGCACUUACAGCACAGUUGGUACCCGAAACAAAAGGGCCCAUAUACAAAAUGUUGGUGGAUUCAGCAAAUGCUGCUGCAGGUGCAUGUUCUGGAGGUUAUGACGGACAUACUUGUGGUCUUUCGUGGACUAAUUGGACUGUUGGAUACGAUGGUAAUUAUGGGUUAGGGGAACAAAUGUCAGCUUUGGAAGUGAUUCAAAGUGUGAUGAUUUAUCAUGAUGCGCCUGCCCCUUACACUGCAGAGACUGGUGGCUCUUCGAGGUCGAUGCCGGCAAGUGGGUACGGAACAACCGCAGCCAAUGCCCAACCAUUGAAAUUGGACUCUGGUGACAAAGCCGGUGCAGGAAUCAUCACUGCCGUCAUUGGAGUCUCUUUGAUUGGAUGUUGUGUAUGGUUGUUGUUAUAG